CCACGGCGCCAAUCCCCAUGCUUCUUCCCUCUCUCCGUCGCCGCAAGCUCCCACGCACUCUAACUGCACGAAUCGACAGCUACGGUCGCCCUGGCGUCUUGCACGCGCAGCGGCUGACAGCAUGGACCCCUCCCCCCUCACACAGCAGGCUCGACCCGAGACUUUUCAACCACUGAUUGUCCAGCUCUACGAAACGCUGUUCCGGGAGGAUGACGAAGAAAUCGAGCUAUCCGAGGGAUUCUGGCAAGAAUACUUCCUGCUGCGGCCAGACCGUACCAGUCUGAAGCGCAUUCUUGGCUAUCUGAGCGGCGAUGACCUUCUGCACAUCCAAGGUCGCACGCAGCAACUCUUCCUCAAGGCUAUUGAAUGCGUCAAGCGUGGCUCCUCGCCGUCCGACGAAAUCGCCCUCGAUACCUUGAUAGUCUUCUUAGGCGCUGUCCUCAGCAAGAAGUACACGAAUCCCAGCUCGGAUAUCAUUUCGGUCCUGACUGGUUUGAACAACGCGGAUACUGUCAUGUCGGACUUUGUGGCGUCGUUGGACAUAGUAAUCCGGACUGGUCGAAGCAUGCAAGUACGACAGAAAGCUGUCCUAGCUGCGCUGUCAAUCACCGCUGGCGCAUACCGGACGGGGCUAAUAUCUUAUUUCACACAUCGUGAUCUCUUUCCCUCUUUAAUGAAGUGUAUUCAAGACUCGGAAAGCAGCACUGAAGCAGUUGCCCCAUUCUUCCUCCUGGGCCUCUUAGCCAAUUACAACAAGUUCGAAAUGCAAAAUCCAUAUCGAUUGCGGCUCGAUGAUUUCGUGAACGAGGCGACCAUCCGCAAGAUAGUACUAGGGUUCGGUUCGACGUGUUGCCAGUUACGAGACAAAUACGUUGCGGUGCAGGACGAUCUACCAGAAGGGUGGAAUUUAGGCUCUACACUGAAUUAUAUCAGCCUUGGGUUGCUUGCGCCUGGGUCUCGGCCGACUACUCCUGUGCCGAACCCCGAGGAGGCCAAGUCUCUUUUCUCCAUCCUUCCAGAUCCGGAAGUGGGAAUCAUUCUUGCCACAUACGACUUUGUCAACGCGAACAAGGUUUUCUGCUUUACUUUGGUGACUCUCGACGGUCCUACGAAAGGGGAUCCAUCACCGCUUGCUUCGUUUCUCUCCAUGACAUCUUACUUGUUUCAACAUGCCCAUCGAUCUUUACGAGCUUCGUUGUAUACCUACUUAAGCCUAUACAUACUGCAAAUCACCGUAGAAGAUCAAGCCCUGGCCAAGCGAAUGUGCAGCGAGGACAGCAAAAUGUCCGUACGACUUUGCAGGCAACGUCAACCUUACCUUCCUCUGGUCAAGGGAGAUCGGGUCGCUAUUUCAUUCAUUCUUGACAUGAUGAUUGAUGGUAUCAACCACAACUUACGGAGGAGAUUGGACGUUGAGUUCUACAUAUUGUGCCUUGGCGUGAUUUUACGCAUUGUAUCCUUCCUCAGUAGAUCUAGGCUUCGAUUAGCUUAUCACUGGUCAGAGCUCUGGCGCACUCUCCUCUCCUUCCUCCGAUUCUUGGUCACUUACGCAAAUGAUGUCAAGUCUUUGCCGCGAUGCUCGCAGAUGAUCGACGAUGUGGUCAACUUGAUAGCCCUAAGUCUUUCGGUUGGAGAAGCUUUUCUACCUGAUCCAGCUUCCUAUGAUGACCUCUUCUACAAGUUGGUUGAGACGGGGGAUAUAUUGACCAAGUUUCGAGACGCAUUUGACUUGUCAACCCACGCGAGCUCACAUUCCAUGGAAAUACUAAUCAACGUGUCCACACACUAUUACACUCUUCUUGAAGGCGAUAAAGGCAAGGCGAAGGGGAAAAAUCUCAGCCCGAGGGAGGUCAGCAAGGUUAUAAAGCAAGGAUAUGAUACCCUUUCGAUUCAAACUAAGGAGGGGCUGGAUCACUGGGACAGGUUUCGAGAAGUCGAUCACCGCAACGUGCUGAAGAGACUGUCUCGCAUUGCAGUGGAAGAUGCGAGGAGUUUGAUCGAGGAAAGAUAGCACAAUUGAUCACCACUUGCUCGAAACUGCGUCUUCCUUGCGCUGAGAUGAGCACAAUGUCAAGAUGUUAAGACUUCAUAUAUGUAUACCGCUACUAUUGCAUAUUGCAUAGAGGGUGAUAGACUUCUUAGUAGCCUGGAGACUACGAUAGAUGGCUAAAGGGGGGAGAAUAAGCGACUCCUCAAUGGUGUGGGUGGUUGAGCAGGAGGUGUAAAACAUGACAAGCGACUAAUAAAGCAGUUUUAUAAGCACACCCC